AAAUUUUUGUGCUAUUUGUUAUUUUAAAUACUUACCACAAAUUGAUGUAUACCUUCUCUACUUCCCCCGCCUCAGUUUUAUUGGGUGCAGAUAUAUUUCAAACUCCCUCCCAGAAGUCAAUGCUGUAUUCACCCCAGAUGUCCGUGGUAAUGAUCAAGCGGCUGGAGCCACAGACUACUUAGGCAGCGACACCGGCCUUUGAGGCAGUUUUCGGCGACGGAGUCCCGUGACGGAGUUCAACGGAUCUGGCUGCCCUUUCCAUCUUCACGUUCACGGUGACUGGCGUCUGUCUCCUGGUGAUGAUAAUUCUCUGCGCUUUGGUCGUCUACCUGCUGAUUAGACUGAACAGGCUGGAGAAGACGACGACACCCCAGAAGCACUGCUUCUUCAACGAGGGCAUCCAGCCGGACGAGGAGCUGUCCAAGAGGGGCUACACCAUGUACAAGGGGCAAGUUCUCAGUUCUAUGAAAAGCAGCGAAUCUGAGAAGACGAGUAACACAUCCCUGGGCAGUGGGAAGACGCCCCGCAAUCCGCAGGCCAAUUGGAGGAAUGCCGGAAAUGUGCCGUAGCCGUUGUGUUCACAACAAUUUGCGGCCGUUCGACUCAAUUUUCUCCAGUGCAACUAGUACCAACUUUGUGUGUCAACAGAAGACAAAGAACUACAUAAUCUGCAGCAUACACUAGUGAAUACUAUAAAUAAAGCAUUGUCAUAAUGGAAACACAAAAUGCAUACACAUCUGCUGAUUGCUAUUGGUAUGCAGUUACUAAUGAGUACUCAUUAGUAUUAAGUUAAUUAUUGCUCUUUGACAACAGCUCUAUACCUAUCACUACCUGUACCAAACACAUCUGUACCACCUAUACAAAAAUAUUUUUUUAUACUGGUGCAUAACCCAUUAAGUUCCACAGGAUAGUGGUUCUACUUUUUAAAUGCAAUUUUAGUUGAUUUUUUUCUGAAAGGCCCUAAAAAACACAUAACUUUGCCAGACAAUGCUAAAAAAUAUUUACCCUUUGCCCCUAGAAUAAAAACCUGGCUAUUAUAAAACAUAAGAUUUCACAUCAUUGAAGAAACUGUCUCCCUAUACAGUAGACAUCUGGCCUUCAUGAAUAUGGUGCAUAUGUAAAUGUGUGUAUUGUACAAAUAAAUUUUUCCAACUAA